AUGACGGGUAAAGGAGAGGACAUUAACGGUUAUGACAACCAUGGAUACGAUGACCACACUGAGAUCGGGAUGAGACCUAUGCCGACAGGACCAGACAACUCGGAUGACUCUGCAGUGGUCUUUGAGGAGAUCAAGACCACUUCGAAGACACCAGUGAAGACCACAACAAUGACAGCAUUGGACCCAGGAGAAAUCGUUGCAAUUGGAGUACAAAUCACCCUCGUUGAUCGGACGUUCACUGACGACCUGAGAGAUGAAUCGACACCUGCUUAUGUGACCUUCACCAAUGAUAUCAUUUCAUCGAUUGAUGCAACAUAUCAACACGACGAGUAUUACAAAGAAGCCGCGGUUAUAUCAGUCAGCCCAGGGAGUAUUAAGGUGGAGAUCAUGAUGACGUUUGACAUGCCCAUGGCUGGGAGAGAGCGAAGCAAUGCAAUCGAAUUCACCCUCAAUAACCUGACACAUAAUAUGCAGAAUGCAUUUGAUGAAAACACGAUUAUCGACGUCACAACAGACAUUGACGAAUGUGAAAAUAACCCUUGUCUAAACGGAGGACAGUGCGAUAAUAAUGAAGGCUCAUAUUCAUGCAGCUGUAAUGGUGGAUACACCGGAGUAAAUUGCGAACAAGUUACAGAUUGUGGAUUCCGACCGGCCCAUUCACCUUCCAGUCCUCGCAUCAUCGGUGGUUCACAGACUCAGCUCGGGGAUUGGCCCUGGAUGGUAUCUCUCCGAGACCGUUCAAAUGUCCAUCGCUGUGCCGCUGUACUCAUCAACAGUACCAGAGCAAUCACCGCUGCCCAUUGCGUUAAAAAGUUUGAUGCUGCUGUCCUGGGUGAUCUCUUACUCUCUCUUCAAUCUGCAUAUCAUGUUGAAACUGAUGUCACUGCUGCUAUUCAUCCUGAUUAUGAUAUCAAUUCCAUCACAAAUGACAUUGCUGUGAUCGAGUUCACUACCAGCGUUGACUUCAGCGACUUUGUCCGUCCUAUCUGUUACCUAGAUCAAGAUGCGUCUGCAACCUUUCGAGCAUGUUAUGUAACAGGAUGGGGACAUACAUCUGAAGGUGGGCAUGUAUCGGAUACACUUCUAGAAGCAACAGUAGAGUUGUUUGAUCAGACCCAAUGUCAGUCGUUUUAUCCUGAUCUUACCAUUCCAUCGACUAUGAUGUGUGCAGGACGAGUGGAUGGAUUAAUGGACACAUGUCAGGGUGAUACGGGUGGUCCUCUUCAAUGUGAAGAUCAAGAUGGUCGCUUCCAUCUAAUAGGCAUUACUAGCUUUGGCUACGGCUGUGGGAGAGAAAACUAUCCUGGCGUUUACACCAAGGUCUCUGAAUACCAUGACUUUAUUACUUCAGCUGACCCACAACCUGAACCUGAACCAGGUGAGAUGAGAACAUAUCCACUUUCAAUACCAUCCCCACAGAAAUUUAGAUAUUGGAUAGCUUGCAUCAUUUGGCAAGGCAUUUAUCUCCUUUUGCCAGCCUUUGCCCCAGUGUAGUUAAUGGGUCCUCAUGUAGGAAGAAAUUUCUCUGAGUACUUGAGCUGCCAAUCAGGGUAGCUGUGCUAAAGCCAGAGUAAUUAUAUGCAUCUCUUACAAACAUCAAAGUAAGCAAAAUGUAAAUGUGACCUGUUCUUGCAAUUAGCAUGUAGAGAAAUUUUCAAUCAAUCUGUACUGUUAG